UUCUGCAACAGAAAUACAAACAUGCCAGGACCAACCCCCAGAACUCAACUUUGAACUUUUCUUUCAUUUUGUCAGAAUCCCUAACUUGUUUUUAAAAUAACAUUUAUUUCUGUUAAAUUGCAGAAGAGUUGGAUGCAGUCUGCCAGUCGAGCUUUCCCUCUCCUUCUUUGUGCAUUGAAUUUUGUUCACUCGCUUUACAUGCCUCAAGUUGCUGUAAUGCUGCUGGGAAAGUAAUUGCCUUGCACUUUCUCUUUCUGAUGCCCACGGGUGACUGUGGGGGACUCCUCCCUGGGCACAGCACAGAGUUAAAAGCCCAGCUUCUGUUGCUUUGCUUAAGACCUGGUUAUUUCUUUUCUCUUUUUUUUUUCAUUCCUUUUUUUUUUUUUUUUUUUUUUUUUGUCAGCUGCCUGUUAUAUCAAUCACAGAGCUGGGAUCUAUUUAUAGGUUGGGACUCGGAGUACUGUGUCCUAGUCACAAAGAGAGGCAGAGACGCAGAGGGGACUGUCGGCUGGUGCAGGCGGAACCAAAAGAUAUUUAAUCAGCAAUUAGAAACACCUGAGGGCAAGGGAAAUUCUACUCCAGCCUCGAGCUUCAUCUCUCAGCCUGCAGCAUCUCUGACACAGACUCUCUGUUCAGCCUAAGGACCCCUGCCUCAUUCACGGCAUGUGAUGGACCUACUCUGAGAUAAAUCAGAGUUGCACAGUGAAAGAGGCCAUCUGUAGGACCCCCGCCUCAUUUGUCAGUAAAUCUGUUUUGAUCCCAAAGGACCUACUUUACAGGAGCACUGAGUGCUUACCAGCUGCAGAUGAAGUGAAUGGGAAUCCACUAACACAGUGCUAUACAAACACAGGCUGCUCGGCAGAAUGGCCACGGAGGAGCGGCACCUCUCCUCCAGCUGUGGGUCCUUCAUCAAGACCGAGCCCUCCAGCCCAUCCUCUGGCAUCGACGCCAUCAGCCACCACAGCCCGAGCGGCUCCUCCGAUGCUAGCGGUGGCUACGGCAUUGCAAUGGGUGGCCACCCCAAUGGCCUGGACUCACCGCCCAUGUUCAAUGGCACGGGGAUUGGCGGUGGGUCCUGCCGUAAGCGUUACGAUGACUGCGCCAGUGCCAUCAUGGAGGAUUCGCCCACCAAGUGCGAGUACAUGCUUAAUGCGAUCCCCAAGCGGUUGUGCCUGGUGUGCGGGGACAUUGCUUCGGGGUACCACUAUGGCGUGGCUUCCUGUGAGGCGUGCAAAGCCUUCUUCAAGAGGACUAUUCAAGGGAAUAUUGAAUACAGCUGCCCGGCCACCAAUGAAUGUGAGAUCACGAAACGGAGGCGCAAGUCCUGUCAGGCCUGUCGCUUCAUGAAAUGCCUCAAAGUGGGGAUGCUGAAAGAAGGUGUUCGUCUGGAUCGAGUCCGAGGAGGCCGCCAGAAGUACAAGAGGAGACUGGAUUCUGAGAGUAGCACUUACCUGAGCUUACAGAUCCCUCCUCCAGCUAAAAAGCCACUGACUAAGAUCGUCUCCCACUUGCUGGUGGCAGAGCCAGAGAAGAUUUAUGCCAUGCCUGAUCCAACCAUGCCGGAGAGUGACAUCAAAGCCCUGACAACCCUCUGUGACCUGGCAGACAGGGAACUGGUGGUGAUCAUUGGCUGGGCAAAGCACAUCCCAGGGUUCUCCAAUCUCUCCCUUGGGGACCAGAUGAGCCUCCUACAGAGCGCCUGGAUGGAAAUCCUCAUCCUGGGCAUUGUGUACCGCUCCCUGCCAUACGAGGACAAGCUUGUCUAUGCUGAGGACUACAUCAUGGAUGAAGAACACUCUCGUCUGACGGGGCUGCUGGAGCUCUACCUGGCCAUCCUACAACUGGUGCGCCGCUACAAGAAGCUCAAGGUGGAAAAGGAGGAGUUUGUCACACUCAAAGCUCUGGCCCUCGCCAAUUCAGACUCUAUGCACAUAGAGGACAUGGAUGCAGUGCAGAAGCUCCAGGACCUUCUCCACGAAGCCCUGCAGGACUACGAGCUGAGUCAGCGCAAUGAGGAGCCCCGGCGAGCAGGCAAGCUGCUCCUGACCUUGCCCCUCCUGCGGCAGACGGCCGCCAAAGCUGUGCAGCACUUCUACAGCAUCAAACUGCAGGGCAAGGUUCCCAUGCAUAAACUCUUCCUAGAAAUGCUAGAGGCAAAGGUCUGA